UUGCUGUUGUGGUCGUUCUUGUAUAUCUCGAUGGUUGGCGCACCGAUGAGCCAGGGAGGCGAAGAAGUGACCGUGGCAGUCAAACAGGAGGAGCCGACAGCCAUUUUAUAAUUAUAGCUGCGUUGGAAAUUAGUACCGCAGAAAUAACAUUCUUCCAACGGCAAACAUGGGACAGUGUGGCAUAACCUCGUCGAAGACGGUGUUGGUCUUCCUUAAUCUCAUUUUCUGGGCAGCGGCAGGCAUCUUGUGCUAUGUUGGGGCCUACGUGUUCAUCACAUACGACGACUAUGACCACUUUUUCGAGGAUGUGUACACGCUGAUCCCGGCUGUGAUUAUCAUUGCCGUCGGGACCCUCCUGUUCAUCAUUGGCCUGAUUGGCUGUUGCGCCACGAUACGAGAAAGUCGCUGCGGCCUGGCUACCUUUGUUGUCAUUCUUAUGCUGGUGUUUGUCACUGAAGUAGUCGUGGUGGUGCUGGGCUAUAUUUACAGAGCAAAGGUUGAAGAUGAGGUUGAUCGCUCCAUUCAGAAAGUGUACAACGAAUACAACGGCACAAACACAGAUGCCCCAAGCCGCGCCAUCGACUAUGUCCAGAGGCAGCUCCACUGUUGUGGGAUCCACAACUACUCAGACUGGAAGAUCACUCGCUGGUUCAACGAGUCCCGAAACAACAGUGUCCCGCUGAGCUGCUGCAAACCCAACGUCAGCAACUGCACUGGCUCCCUCGCCCAUCCCGCCGACCUCUACCCGGAGGGCUGCGAAGCUCUGGUUGUGAAGAAGCUGAAGGAAAUCAUGAUGUAUGUCAUUUGGGCGGCAUUGACAUUUGCUGCAAUACAGAUGCUGGGGAUGCUGUGUGCCUGCGUGGUGCUGUGCCGAAGGACCCGAGACCCCACAUACGAGCUGCUGGUCACUGGGGGAACCUACGCGUAAAGAGGGAUGUGCACGCACACACGCUCACCCAAACACACACACUACAUUCACAUAUACACGUACAGUCACACGCUCAUGCACAUAAACACAGUACAGACAUUUACAGACAAAUAUACGGACACGCAGUAGCACAUAAGCACACACACACACACACACACAGACAUGUACGCACACAUACGCACGCACGUGCACACACACACACACACAAACACAGCAGGGCGCAGGAUUCAGUGUGUAUGGGAGGGCUUAUGGGGCAGGCCCACACUGGCUUUCUUUUCCUUUAAUAAGCUGAAGCACGCCUUGCACAAUUCAGGACUGCUUUUAGUAUCCACUGGUGAUGGGUAAAGCGGUAACUAAACUAUUUAUUUUACAUGCUUUUUAGAGUUGGUGUUUUAAUUUAAACCUCCUUUUGUUAAAGUGAUCUGAAAUCCUUUUGGCAAACACCUCAAAUUGGCAAGUAGUUAUUAAUGUGUAUUUUUUUGUUUUUGGAACCUAUGAAAAAUAUUUGCUAUUUUCUGUAAUAUAGCUUUUUUCUUCUUCAGUGAGGCACAAGAAGGUGAACACUAGGGGAUUGGGGGGUUUCCUGAGAUGAGAUUACAGACAGCUGUAUGGAACGAUUGUACGGAAUGUAUUCUUUCCCUUGUGUGGCAGUUUGCACUAUGUGUAGGGCUUUGGAAAUAUUUUAUAAAUAUGCGAUAACACGCGAGUGCAGGGGCGAAGAAGUCACCCUGUGCUGCUGCGUUUUUAUUUCUGUGGGUCAUCUGCUCUUUUCCAGUCAGUUCAGGUGAGAGGUGUAGGACCCCAUUUCCAUUCAAAACAAUAUUGAAGUGUCAGGAUAUAGUCACACACACCCAUACUCAGUCUUGACCAGUGGUUCAAGUAGCCCAAAUGACAGGGUAUUCUGCUUUCUGGAAUAAUCAAUACGCAGUAUAUGUUCUAUACACAAAUGUUUAGUUUGUUUUUUCUUCUCUCUUUUUCCCCCCUCCCCUUUUUCUGUGUUUUGUGUCACCAGUCAAGCGUGCUGUUAAGACAUAGAUUUUAAAGUUGAUUUGGGGAUGUGUGUAGCCAUUGAUAUGAACAUCAGAUGAUUUAAAACUGAAAUCCAUGUAAAUAGGUUGAAAUGGAAAAACCUUUCAUUGAAAUAAAUCUGUAAAUUCCAAAUGACAAAA